AUGUCAUCACAAGACGAACUAGUACCGGGGACUGUUCAUUUGAUUGAUUUGGAAGGAGAUUUGGACGUUAAGAAAGGUCAUGAUAAUAUCAUUUUAAGACCUCCACCAACUUCGAACCCUAAUGAUCCCUUGAGAUGGAGUCAAAGAAAGAAACAAAGCCAGUUCUUCUUAUUGUUCUGGUUGGCAACAUUUUUAGCUAUUACAGUGAAUUUUUCAGGUCCAAUUUGGGAUAUCUGGGUUGCUGAUUUUAAUACAUCCUAUGAAAAAUUGAAUAUUAGUAGUGCUUUAUGUUUCUUAUUCCUUGGUGUAGGAUGUCUUUUAUUACAACCUACAGCUUUGAUCUUUGGUAGAAGAUUUGUCUAUCUUAGUUGUGUAGUAUUAAUGAUGGUUGCCAAUAUCAUAGGGGCUGUUUCAACAUCCAUUGAACACCUUUAUGCUGUCAAUAUCAUUGGUGGGUUUGCAGCUGCUCCUUGUGAUUCAUUGAUUGAGAUCUCCGUCACUGAUACUUUCUUCCAACAUGAAAGAGCAACUUACCUUUCGUUUGUUAUCUUAUGUUUAUACUUUGGUAGUGAUAUUGGUCCUAUUAUUUCUGGUUAUAUUGCCGAUACUGUUGGUUGGAGAUGGUGUUUCUGGUUACAAGUUAUUAUGUUUGGGUUGAUGUUUAUCUGGGCCUUCUUCUUCAUGGAUGAAACUUGUUUCAGAAGAUCAGAAGAAGAUAUGGUUUUAGAAUCUGAUAUCUUACAACAAAUCAAAUCAAGAGAAUCAGGAUAUCCCUUGUCAGACACCGAACGUAAAAAAGAACAUGCUGUAGAGACCGGAGAAGAAGUGGUCAGUGAUAACGAGUCUGUUGACAAAUCCAUUCCUGUCAGAUCUUACUGGAGAAAGAGACAAGUGAUUGAAACAGAAUAUGGAGAUACUAGAUCUUGGUUAUGUAUUUUCUACCGUCCGUUCUUCUUGAUUACAUUCCCAGCUGUGUUAUGGUGUGGGUUAGUUUAUGGAGCACAAAUGAUGUGGUUAUCAUUAUUAGCCACCACUCAAGCAUUGAUUUAUUCAAGUGAACCAUAUAACUUUUCUGCUGGGUCUACUGGUUUAACAAAUUUCGGUCCAUUGAUUGGUUCCUUAAUUGGUUUAGGUACUGGACCUCUUGUUGAUUGGAUAACUCUUAGAAUGGCUAGAAAAAAUAAUGGGAUCAUGGAACCUGAAUUCAGAUUAUAUGCUAUGGUUUUACCCUUGGUUACCAAUGCUAUUGGGCUUUUGGCUUAUGGUUUAGGGGCUUGGAAUGGUAACCCAUGGCCAGUUUCUGUCAUCAUAGGUCAAGGAUUCUUGGGUUUUGCCAUGUCUUCAAGUGGUACUAUCUGUUUGACAUAUGUGAUGGAUUGUUAUCAUCGUAUGGCAUCAGAGGCUUUAGUAUUAGUUUUGUUUAUUAGAAAUAUGAUUGGUAUGGGAUUUACCUUUGCCAUUCAACCCUGGUUGGAUAGAAAUGGGUUAAAAGUCACUACUUGGUUGAUGUUCAUGUUAAGUGUUGUCAUCAAUGGAUCUUUCAUAAUCUUAGUAUUAUAUGGAAAGAAUUUCAGAAGAUGGACUAAGAACAGUUACUAUAAGUUCAGUGACCCAACAUUUGGAGAACUUUUUAAACGUUAA